UUGCACCCGGCGUUUCAUUCCUUAAAUAAUCCAAUAACCCCCACCCGCAAUUACAACGCGUGGGGCAAGGCUCAAUGCUCAACAUGGCGCGUGUAAUCAAAAUCUCAGUACCUCGAGUGAACUUAGCCUGAAAGCUAGAGAGAGAGCAGUUCGGAUCAACUCUGUGUUUUGCCUUGCUGUCGCUUUCUAGGGUUUCACUGCCAAAUUUGAAACCCUAACCCUAGAUUCCAGAAGCCGUAGUGCCGUACACCUCCAACGCAGGUUUUCGAAGAAUACACGCUAGUGUUUUUCUGUCUUUUUGGGGUAUCUGGGAAGCGUUGAUUCGAUUCAAAACCCUGGUUUUUUAGGAGAUCUAGCUAGGGUUUUUGAUCGGUACAUGUAUGGCUUCAGAGCCAUUAGGCGGUGGGGGCGGCGAUUCGAGAGAGAAGCAGAAGUGGGCAGAGAGCGGCAAAGUCUAUAAGCGCAAAAACCAUAACAAAGGCAUCAAAAUCAACAACGAGAGCAGCAUCAUUAACAACAACGUGGCUCAACAAUCCUCACAAACCCUAGCGACUACCACCGAAGACGCGAACUCAUUGCAGCCGCAGGCUCUAUCGCGGUUCGAUGCGGCGUCGGACGACUCGUCGAGCCACACCCCUCCUGUGGAAAACGGGCGGGAGAAUAUGAACGGGAACGGAGUGAAACCGGAGGAUCCUAAUGUUGAAAAAAUCAGGUUUCGUUCGAUUUCGAUGAGAUCGAAAGUGGAGAAAAGGGAUUUGAGGAGGAAACUUUUGGGUGAGCUUGAUCAAGUAAGAAGUUUGGCGAAGAAACUAGACACAAACGACGGUCAGCUUAGUGGGUAUGCGCAUUCGCAGGUGUCGGGUAACGAUGGGCUUGAUAGAGGUGGAGGUGCAUUGAGGGUGAAUUCGGAGGUGGGUUCUGUGGGGGUUCAAGAUUCACGGCCGUUUCGAGGGCUCAGUGUCUCAGUGAUGGGGAACAGUCAUGGGAUUGGUGAAUUUGUGGAGAAGGAGAAGAGGACACCCAAGGCCAAUAAGUAUUAUCAGAAUCCAGAUUUUGUCCUUGGGAAAGACAAAUUCCCACCUCCGGAGAGUAACAAGAAGCCCAAAUCCAACGGGGUAGGAAUCGACAAGUAUGUGGCUCAAGCAUUCAAGAAUUGUGGUAAUUUGCUUGCAAAGUUGAUGCUGCACAAGCAUGGUUGGGUGUUUAACAAUCCGGUUGACGUGAAGGGGCUCGGAUUACAUGAUUAUUAUUCAAUUAUAAAACAACCGAUGGAUUUUGGUACAGUGAAGAGUAGGUUAAGCAAAAAUUGGUAUAAGUCCCCAAAGGAAUUUGCCGAGGAUGUCAGACUCACAUUGCAAAAUGCCAUGACUUAUAACCCCAAAGGACAGGAUGUUCACUGCAUGGCAGAGCAGUUGCUGAAAAUAUUUGAGGAGAAGUGGGCGGCUAUUGAGGCCGACCGUUACUGGAGGUUUGGGAUGGGCCAUGAUGCUGGAACACCCACGCCCACUUCAAGGAAGGCUCCUUAUCUUCAUCAUCAUCAUUCUCCAGAAAUGAGGACUGUGGAUAGGUCUGGGUCUAUGGCAAUGCCUAUUGAUUCCAAUUUGAAACCUGGAAAUUUUGCUCAUAUGAGGAUGCCAGUCCCAAAGAAACCCAAAGCAAAGGAUCCCCAUAAGAGGGAUAUGACAUAUGAGGAGAAGCAGAAGCUUAGCUCAAACCUCCAAAGCUUGCCAUCAGAAAAGCUGGAUCAUAUUGUUCAGAUUAUCAAGAAGAGGAAUUCAGCUGUUAGUCAACAAGAUGAUGAGAUUGAAGUGGACAUAGACAGUGUUGAUGCUGAAACACUUUGGGAACUUGAUAGGUAUGUAACUAAUUAUAAGAAGAGUUUGAGCAAGAACAAGAGAAAAGCUGAACUUGCUUUCCAGGCAAGAGCAAAUAGUGACCACAAUAUCCGGGAAAUGUACUCGUCCUCAGCCACAGCAAGAGCACCAAAAGGAACUAAAUCAGAUGGAGAACAUGUUUCCGCUUCUCCCAUUCAAGCAGAAAAGCAAGGUGAUAAUGCAGGGGGAGGAUCAAGUAGUUCGAGUUCAAGCAGUGAUUCUGGAUCUUCUUCAAGUGUGGACAUAAAUAUACUCUAUAUGCAGAUUCUGACAGUGAAAGUUCUUCUGCAUAUGGAUCGGAUGCAGGUCAUUCACCUAAGAAUUGAUCAGACUUAAUUUAGGGCGUCCUGAACCUCAAAUUUCUGGGGCACGUUUGGACGAGGGCUGGAGUAUUGAUAAGCUUCUUCAAAUGGCAGCAUAUCAUAUCUACACGACACCAGUUAAAAGUUGAACUACAAAUGUUGAUGGCAGGAAGAUAUAUAUGUGCUGACUGGUAAAUGCCUCCGCAUUCUAAGGGGUGGUUGUCAGAAACCAUCUGAUGGGGCUCACCUUUCGGUAAGGACUGUGGAAUGUAGUAUACCAUCUUUCCAUGGUUACUCUGAAAGAUGUACAAACUGCAACCCUAAUUCUCAGCGAUAUAGGAACUAGUUAGAUCUUAGUUAAAAGGUGGUUUGCUUUUUAUUGAAACAAGCUUUAAGUUUGUAGUGUAAAUGGUUAGAAAUGGUGGUGGUGGUGGUGUGGGGGAUAAUGUUUCUUUUGUGCAGCAAAUGUUUAUGACGGAACUGCGGCCCUUCUAACUUAUUAGGUCAUAUUUAAAGGUGGGUUAGCCUUUUAUUUGAACUUCUAAGUUUGUAGUGUAAAUGGUUAGAAAUGGGUUUGGUGGGGAUGAUGUACUCUUUUUUGCAGCAAAUGUUUAUUAUCAAAUUGCCAUUGUCUCAUUGGUAACCUUGCAAACAA